AUGGCUCGAGUCUACGCCGAUGUCAACCAAAACAUGCCGCGUAGUUACUGGGACUACGACAGCGUUAACAUCGGCUGGGGAGUAUUGGAAAACUACGAGGUUGUCAGGAAGAUUGGCCGCGGCAAAUACUCUGAGGUCUUCGAGGGUAUCAAUGUCGUUAACUACCAGAAAUGCGUCGUCAAGGUUCUCAAGCCUGUCAAGAAGAAGAAGAUAAAGCGCGAGAUCAAGAUCCUGCAGAACCUGGCCGGCGGGCCCAACAUUGUCGCCCUGCUCGACGUUGUCCGGGAUUCGCAGAGCAAGACGCCCUCGCUCAUCUUCGAAUACGUCAACAACACCGACUUCCGCACCCUGUAUCCCAAGUUCAUCGACAUUGACGUCCGCUACUACAUCUACGAGCUUCUCAAGGCCCUCGACUAUUGCCACAGCAAGGGCAUCAUGCACCGCGACGUGAAGCCUCAUAACGUUAUGAUCGAUCAUGAGAACAAGAAGGCACGGCCCCCCGAUCCUCCUUCCCCGCAUGCGCUCACAUGUCGCAUAACCCAUUUUGCUAACCCUCCCCCUCAGUUGCGCCUCAUCGACUGGGGUCUGGCCGAGUUCUACCACCCGGGCACCGAGUACAAUGUCCGCGUCGCGUCGCGCUACUUUAAGGGCCCGGAACUGCUCGUCGACUUUCAGGAGUACGACUACAGCCUAGAUAUGUGGAGUCUCGGCGCUAUGUUCGCAUCCAUGAUCUUCCGCAAGGAGCCCUUUUUCCACGGCAACAGCAAUGCCGACCAGCUCGUUAAGAUCGCCAAGGUGCUCGGCACCGACGACCUGUUCGACUACUUGGACAAGUACGAGAUCGAGCUCGACGCCCAAUACGACGACAUCCUUGGCCGCUUUCAGAAGAAGCCCUGGCACAGCUUUGUUAACUCAGAGAACCAGCGCUUUGUCAGCAACGAGGCCAUUGACUUUUUGGACAAGCUGCUGCGCUACGAUCACGCGGAACGCCUCACCGCAAAAGAGGCUAUGGCCCACCCCUACUUUGCCCCCAUCCGCGACCCGGAGACCCUGCAGCAGUACCUGGCCAGUGGCACACAAUCUUGA